GCACGCGCGCGCGCCUCCAGGCCAGUGUGAGUGUGUGAGAGACAGAGAGACACACACGGAGACAGACAGACACACACACAGAGACAGACAGAUAGAGACACACAGAGACAGACAGACAGAGACACACAGAGACAGACACAGACAGAGACACACACACACAGAGACACACAGAGAGAGAGAGAGAGAGAGAUAUGAUGUGAGUGCAGGUUGUCCAGUCCCGGUGUGUGUGGUGACGGUUCUUUCCCCGCGUUCUUCGGUUCCGGUCCGAGCCCAUGGCGGCGAUGAGGCGCGCAAGGAGAUCCAGAUGGCAGCUGCCCCCCUGCCACUAUGAGGGAUUUCUAGAAAAGAGGUCGUUUAAGGAUAAAGUUAGUCACAAGUUUUGGGCUGCAUUGUGCGGAAACUCUCUGUUCUUCUACAACAACAGCAAGGACAGUGAUUAUGUGGAAAAGCAGGAUUUGUCAACUUUCAUCUCUCUGACUGAUGACCCAAGUGUUGAUCGUAAACUCGUCGCAGCGAGACUCCACCUGCGCUUGAAAGACGAUGAUCUCUACCUCACGGCUCCAAGUCUAGAAGCCCGUGAGCUGUGGAAAGGCUUCAUCAUGUCCGUGGUUCAGCUGGAAGUGCCCACCUCCCUGAACCUGCUUCCUGGUCAGCUUCACAUGCUGAGAGAAGCUGUGGACAAAGAGAAGGAGAGAUUGAAAGACACGACUGAAAAGACAUCCACAUGUGCAGCUACACAAGCUUCAAUAACAGUAGCUAGUGGAGAUCCUGACGUUUACCUGUCCGUCCCGUCCGAAAUGCCAGCGUGCUUUCACAGGGUGUCCCGGGAUGAUGCUGAGGUCCUUUUGGAAAAGCACGAAGAUAAAGGAAACCUGCUGCUCAGACCCAGCCGAGAUGGAACCUCUUUUGCUGUUACUACUCGGCAGGAUUUAAAUGGACCGGUUUACCGACAUUACCGAGUGACACGGAGCCUUGAUGGAGGAUUUGCCAUUGCUGUUGACAGUCCAAUUUCUUGCACAACCCUCCAUGAUGUCGUGAACUACAUGAUCGAGAAGACUGGAGGAGCUUUCAAACCCUUGGUUCUAGAGCACACAUAUGAAAAAAACAUCGAGUACAUAGAGGACGAUAAGGAGAACGGAGAGAAGUGUGCGCGCUAUGCAUCCAGCGACCCUGUGAGCCUUAAACUAAUCCCCAAACCAGCUCCGAGGAAGAAAUACUCUUGUCAAAAGGACAACAUCUACCAAAACCCAUCUGAUGAGGAAGAUGACAAUGUUGACCACCCUCCUCCUCUCUUGCCUCGGGUCCCAGUGAAAACUUUGCCGCAUCAGCUGUCGAUGCCUGACCUGUCAGUAGGUCCGGGCGGGGCUUUGCUUCCACCAACUGCACGCCAACGCAGCAUCUCGGUGACCCCUGAAACAAAGCCAAAACCAGUGAUCUUGCCAGCGUGUGUCACAAAAAACCUUUCUCACAGUGUUCAUGAAGAACUAAAACAAAAGCUGCAGUUGAAGUGUGGCAGAGUGACCUCUGACUCCUAGCCAACCAGCUUGUCUUUAAAAAAAAAAAAAAUGAAGGAGCCAUUUAAUAAUGAAGAUCUCUGCACAAUUGAGCCAUUUUUCUCUGGUGUAGAAUAUCCCUUGAUUCACAGCCAGCAAUGUACAUUUGGAAGAGACUAAUGGGGGGAGAGAGAGAGAGACUGGAUGCUUGUGAAGCACCUUGAAGAUUAACAGCUUAUUAAUCCUGCGCUUUAAUUUUUACUAUGACUCAGUGUACAUUAGGAAGUACCAGGAAGUGUGUACUUGCCAUAUUAUUGUCUGUGUCUGACAUAUGUUCUCACAGUAAAUCAGUGUAUAGCAUUUUUGCUAAUCAAAAUCUACCUGUCUGUAUAGCAUUAUUGCUAUUGUUGCAUUUGAUGUCUUCUUUAUGACCUAAUUAACAGUAUUCUAAUGUAAAGUAAUAUAAUAAUGCAGAUUUUUCAUACGUAUCCAUAUAAUUGACAAUUUAGUUAUAUUUGUAAAAGAUGGUGUACAUUAAGCACAAUAACAUCAUUCUUUAACGUAAGGAAUUUCUAUAUUUGCUCUUAUACUGGAUUUCUAUGAAAAGCACAAUAAAUGUUUAAAUAAAUAACAGAUCUACUCGUUGUCUGUCUCCUGUAUUCCACUUUUACAAAGACUACACCAAAGCAGUGACCUUAUUCUUGAAUCUGAUUGGUCAGAAGGUGCUAAUUAAUUUUCUUUCC